UUCUUCCCUAUAACAGUUAAUGCUUUUGCUGUCAACUUUUGACUAUUUGCCUUCACUUCUUUUUCUUUUUUUUCUCUCUCUCUCUUCAGUCAGCGACCCUUCACACACUCUUCUUCCCUUUCUUUUCACUAUUUAUACACCCUUCAUUUUGACUCUUGCCUUGGCUCAUUGCAAUUGCAAACAAGAGGAAAUCCAAGAAACACAAGAGAUCUAGCUAUACUAUAUCGUAAAAGUAUAGUGAAGUAAAAGAAAAAGAUACACUCAACAAGGCAAGAUGGGAAGGCCACCUUGUUGUGAUAAAGGUGUGAAGAAAGGACCUUGGACUCCUGAAGAAGAUAUCAUUUUGGUGUCUUACAUACAGGACCAUGGUCCUGGCAAUUGGAAAGCUGUUCCUACCAAUACUGGGUUGUCAAGGUGCAGCAAGAGUUGUAGACUUAGAUGGACUAAUUAUCUGAGGCCAGGAAUCAAAAGGGGUAACUUCACUGAACAAGAGGAGAAGAUGAUAAUCCAUCUUCAAGCACUUUUAGGGAACAGAUGGGCUGCCAUAGCUGCAUACCUGCCACAAAGAACAGAUAAUGACAUAAAGAACUACUGGAACACCUAUCUGAAAAAGAAGCUGAACAAAUUGGAAGCAAGUGGUUCUGAAGGAAGCUUGGGGCAUGGUGGGGUUUCAGUUUCUCAGCCAAUGUCUAGAGGGCAGUGGGAAAGAAGGCUACAAACGGAUAUUCACAUGGCCAAGAAAGCUCUCAGUGAAGCUCUUUCACCAAAGAAGACAUCAUCUACUUUUUUAGCUGAGUUAAAUUCAAACCUUUCCAAUGAUAAUAGCACUGCCUCCUUCUACAACUCUACAAAACCAACACCAUCCAUAAGUUAUGCCUCUAGUGCUGACAACAUAGCUCGUUUGUUGAAGGGGUGGAUGAAAAGCACACCAAAACGUGCUGCCACUCAAAACUCCAUUAUCAACUUGGCUUGUGCAGGAGCUGACACUGCUUCCAGUGAAGGAACAACAAAGGGAAGCUCAACCAGUGUGGAGUUGUCUGAGACUUUUGAGACCUUGUUUGGUUAUGAGUCUUUGGAGUCUUCAAAUUCUGAGUUUUCACCUUCUCUUUCUCCUGAGGGCACUCUCUUCCAAGAUGAGAGCAAGCCUGAUAUUACUGGAAUAGACGUGCCUUUCUCUUUGCUUGAGAAAUGGCUUCUGGAUGAUUCUGGUUGUCAAGAGAAACUUAGCUUCUAGAUUUAGUUAUAGUUCAAUUUGUUGCUUUUUCUUAGUUAUAGCAGACUAAACCUGAAUCUCACUUUGGCCUUCAACCCCUUUUGGUCCUAGAAGUGUAUAUUCCAAUCCAAUAUUAACAUUAUUAUAUUAUUAUAUCCUAUAGUUAGAUGUCUUAAUGCUAAAGUUUGUUCUCUUAAUUAAUCACAA